AUGCGGCUUUUGUUAUUUGUUCUACUGAUUACAUGUUUGUGCAAUCACGUUACAGCACAGAAUCGGGAUGACACUCUGGUUAGUGCCGAACAAGUUCGCGAUCAGAUGUGUCCAUGGUGCGCGACGAUUGACAGCCACGACUUCAAGGAGGUAUUCAUUGUGACUUCGGACAACGGUGAUCGGGCUGGCUAUUAUCUCAGAGUUUGUAAGUGUUUACCAUUUUUAAAUAAGGGUUAAAGUCUAGGCGGUCUUUAGGGUUUAUUUUUUGGUUUUUCUUGACUUAGGAUAAUAUUUUAGCCAUCGACACCGAGGGAUGGGCGGAAGAAUCCACGUCGAUGCAGCGAAACGACGCCGAUUUUGCAAUGCUGUUGUAUCCAAUUGUUGAAAGGACUAUCAACGGGAACUACCAGUUCUCGAAAUGGGUGUUCUGGCGUUCUCCAGUUCAGAACAUCACUAUGAAUCAAUUCACUGGAGACCGUGAUCCGCAAAGAUACUUGCAUGUUGACAGUUUGCCGAAGGCCACUGGCAAAGAGUUUUUUGUUUUGGACUAUUACGUGUUAAACGCCACCCACGCCUUGAAAGUCAUGGACCUUGUGAACGAAGAGGCCCCGGAUAAGGGCACCCUUACUAUCGUUCCGACUGAAAGCAUCGUUCCAACUGAACAGAAGGACAGACUAAAAGAGUUCUUGUUUCACCUCAAGGUUUGCUUUGUAGGUUUUUUUGGUUUUAUGCUUUUCUGUUGCCUUUCCCCCGUUUUUGAAAGGAGGGGUGUUUUUGGUCGGUGGAGGGGGGGGAAUUAAUUUUUUUGAAAAGGGACAGAAGGGGAGCGUGUUCAAAUUUGCUUUAUUUUUAGUGGGCGUGGUAAAAAUUUUUUUUGAGAGGGGGGGGUGGAAUAAAAAAGUUAUUUUUUUAAAAAUUACAAGACGAGCGUGUUUAAAUUUGGUUUUUAAAAAUUUUUUUUUAGUGGGCGGGGUAAAUUUUUUUUGGGGGAUUGAAGUUCCCUUUUUUUGCAAGUUGGCAGUGACAAUUGUCAAUAACUUAUGAAUAUUUUUAAUAAAACAAAAUUUUUUUGGAGAAGGGUGUGGUAAAAAUAAAAAAUUUUAAAUUUUUCAAAAUUUCAGGAAGACCACGGUUUCUCUUGUGCGAGCAACGUCGACGAUCCCUACGAUAUUAAAGUUAUGUUGGGCCGCGAAAACCCGUUGUAUUACCGCAACCACGUGUUUGUGUACGCUCGAUGCUGGACUUCUCGAUGUGGUUACUACGUCUACGACGAUCGAUAUCAGUAAGCUUUUUUGUACUUGGGUUGAGUAUAGGGUAGGGUGGGAUAGGGUAGGGUACGGUACGGUAGGGUAGGGUAGGGUAGGGUAGGGUAGGGUAGGGUAGGGUAGGGUAGGGUAGGGUAGGGUAGGGUAGGGUAGGGUAGGGUGGGGUGGGGUAGGGUAGAGUAGAGUAGGGUAGGGUACGGUAGGGCAGGGUAGGGUAGCAGGACUUAAACUUUGAAUCUUUUUAGUGUUGAUCAAUACGUCCCGGACACCAUUCAGUACAGUGACUCCAGCGCACCAUCCCCCCGUUUGAUCCGUGCCAUGCUUCCGAGGAUUCGCCCUAACGACACUUACUUUGACUGA